AACUCAACGCGAAACAAAGAAAUUAUAUAUAGUAUAUUCCUUUUUCCAAUACUACCCUUUCUUGUUUUUAAAUGAAUAAAAAAAUUAGAUCUUCAAAGUAUUGUACAAUCAAUCGCAUUGAUUCCCACAUCUUUUUAUGCUUUCAAUUUAACAAGUUUCCAAUCAAAUACAGGGGAAGCGAAAUGGACAUUCAACAAUAUCAAAGUGUUCUCCAUUACUCAACUUUUGUGCGGAAAGAAGAAAAAUAAUUGAAAAAGUGAACAUGAUUGCAGCAAAUAAUGUAAAAUACUAGUGCUAGGAACAGUAAACAAAGAUGAUGGAGAAAGUGAAGGAAGCUUUACUGAAGUUGCUAAAUUGUUGUGGGCAAGGGCUAGUUCAAGUGGUAAAAUUUGGUGGUCAAAUGGUAGUGGAACUGAUAACUUAUGGUGGACAAGGAGUAAUGGACGUAAUAUAUUUUGGUGCACAGGGAACAUGGAAGAUAGUAAGUAUCAGUAGUAGGCAAGUUCUACCAAAGCUGUUAAAUUUUGGUGGGCAGGUGCUACUGAAAAUGGUAACUUUUACUGGACAGCAACUGUUACCGACGGUGGUAAGUUUUGGUGGGCAACUGCUGCUCAAGGGGGUAAGUUUUGGUUGGUUAGUGAUACCGAAGCUGGUAAAUUUUGGUGGACAGCUGCUGCUGAAACUAUUAAGAUUUGGUGGACAAGGGAUACUGAAGCUAGUAGGCUUCGAUGGGAAGCUGCUAUCAUCAUUUCACAACUUUUUCGGGCAAGUGUCACCGACGAUUAAGAAUUUUGGUGGGCGAACGUUACAAGUGCUUGACAAUUUUAGUUGGCAAGUAAAGAGUUUAUUUGGGCAACUUGUGAGUUGGUUCGAGAGUAUGAAUCAAUUGUUUCAUGCUGCUUCACCCGAGAUCAUAGUUAUCGCGUUGUCUCUAGCACUCAUCCUAUACUGUUGCUACUGCCACGGUGUCUUACUGCUCAAGGAAGAAGAAGCCAAGAAGUUGAAGGAGUUGCUGAAAAGAAAGGAGGCUGAAAGUAUCCGUUUAUCAGAAAUCGAGAAGAGGCAAAAACAACGUGUGGAGGAAAUGAGAGAAACACAAAAGAAGGACCUAGAGAAUACGAAGUUGAAAGAGCAGUUACGAACCGAAGUUGGAAAGGAACUUGAUAAGCUUGAAAUGGCAUGCCGUGAUAUGGCUUCAGUGUUGCGCGGAUUGGGAAUCAAUGUUGGUGAUGGCACUAGUCACGAGGUGCGCGUUGCUUACAGAAAAGCCUUGAUGAAAUUUCACCCGGAUAAAACUUCCCAAUCUGAUAUACGACAUCAAGUUGAAGCUGAGGAGAAGUUUAAGCUUAUUUCUCGAAUGAAGGACAAAUACUUAACUUUAUGACUGUGACAUAAGAGAUAUAUGUAGUUUGUUCUCUGUAAAAAGAUUAUUAGGAUGGAAAUUUUUUGUAUAGGCCUUCAAUGCUCGAGCUUUUUUCACUAUGUGAAAAGUUGCACUCAAAAAUGGCCAUGGCCUGGGAGGCCCUUGUACUUGUCCCGGAUUGUCAUCCCGCCCCCUCCACUCCCUACUUUGCUAAUGGAAUACUUAAACCCUUUGAAACUUGACAUUUAAUGAUAAAUUUUGAUCAGUCCUUAGUUGCCA